AUGGCCGCUGCAAUCAAGGCAAUCAAUGCGAAGAUCCGGUCUAACAAGGCCCUGGAUUACUUCUGCUCUACCCACUUCUGGGGCCCUGCCUCCAACUUCGGUAUCCCCAUUGCGGCGGUGAUGGAUACUCAGAAGGACCCUGAAAUUAUCUCCGGCCAAAUGACCGGUGCUCUCGUUGUCUACUCGGGAACUUUCAUGCGCUACGCCCUUGCCGUCUCCCCCAAGAACUACCUCCUGUUCGCCUGCCACGCCGUCAACUUCUCCGCCCAGCUUACCCAAGGAUACCGCUACCUGAACUACUGGAACUGGGGAGGCCGUGAAGCUCAGCUCGCCGAGGCCGCCAAACAGGGCAAGGAUGCCACCGAGGCUGGCGCUUAA